AUGCGUCCAACGCGGGCCAAGAUAACAGAUGCAAUUUCUGCGAUUGAGCGAUGCUUCUUACGCAAUCAGGACGGAACAAAUAGCGUGAAAGAUUCUACCGAUAGUCUGUCGAUCACCGAGAUGACAGAGCUACUGGAAAGCUUACGUGGAAGCAUACAGAGGGCGGUAUCGGUAGAACAGACCAGAAAGCCAGAGUUCGACAUUUUUCUUUUAACAUUUCAGCGGUGGCUUUUGACGGAUAUCGCGCGGGAUCAAGCUCUACUUUGUGACUUGCUGCUUCCAAUCCUGAACGAGGCAUUACCUCCUUCAGCAUCAAUUACCCCCCAGACUGCCCCUUUUGUAGAGAAAACACUCCAAUUUGUGAGAGACACAAUUUUACGGUGCUCUGUUGCUAAGGAUUUGAUAGGCAAACAUAUGAUCGGACGACUUGUGGCAACAGCCGUGUGUGUUCAUGCAUCUACCAUGUUGAAGAGACAAGCCUUGGACAUCUUAAACUCUCUUCUGGCUAAGAGCAAGGAAAACAAAGCCCUUCUGACCAGUCAUACCUGCCUCACCGAUCUAGACAACCUUGUUCAUCUAUUGAAGAACGCUGGAGAUGUGGAACUCCAAACUCAGCUGGUCGAAUUGCUGUUCAGAAUCUGCCCGAAACCGAAACAAGAACGGCUCCAGUUUAUAGAUACUCUGCAUUUGCCAAAGAUAUUUGCUGAUAUCCGCGGCGAUUAUUUUCAUCAGGAUUGCCGAGCGUUCCUUAAUCAGCUGAAUGCUGGAAAUGAUGGGGUAUUGAAGACCCCAAAAUCAUUCCGCUUGUCUCACGCAGAGUGUGUCCUGGGGGACACAACGUCCUCCCUUACGCUUAAUCCUCCUGAUGGAGCAGACAGCCUGUGGCUUGAUUUCAACACGUCCAGCCUGUCGAUCCUCGUGAUGAUAGCAGGGGGGGAUAUCCUCUCAAUCGAAUUGGCCUUCUCAAAAGUACAGCGGUGGCAAGUUGAGAGUUCCGCAGGUGCCUUUCUACCCAUGACCCCAAUCAGAAUAUGA